AAGACACAAUCUAUGAACAGCUGCCAAGAGAUGAAGAUGAAGCCGAUGGUUGUUGAUGUGAUCCAGAUAAGCGGCGCUUCCGUCGGAGCCGAGCCGGAGAUGCCCACAGAUCAGCCCCGCCUUUGUCACCGCCUGCCAUUUCGCGGACGGACCCUGCUUUUCGCCUCCAGCUUCGGCUUCGGCUUCAAACAUCAACCAUCAACCAUCCAGCUUGCCAACACUUCUAUCGCUGCGAUCCGCUCAUAUCGCUCAGACAACAGCUUUAAUCUGAUCCGUACCCCGAAAUUUACCGUCCGAUCCCUCCCCCACUCUAACGAAUCAGAGUACACCAACAUCCUCAUUGACAUCCACCAUGAGCAAUAAAGAUUCCGCCUACGGAGCCCCCUCCUCUGACACAGCCUUCCGCAAACAAUGGGACCGAGAAGAAUACGCCAAAAAGGCGGCGGACGAAGAGGCUAAGCGCAAGGAGGAAUCCAAGGCCCGAUAUGAAGCCAAACUACUGGGCAAAAAAUGGCAUGCGCCGGUGGACUACAGCGCGCUCGAGGCCACCACGUCGCGCUCUUCGCGGCUAGAUGUCGCUUCGAUGGUGGGAAAGACGACAAUCGUGACGUCGGGAAACGCGGUUGGAAAGAGGGGCAAGGGCGCGGGUUUCUACUGCUCGGACUGUGAUUUGACGUUCAAGGACAACUUGCAGCUCGUGGAGCAUUUGAACAGCAAGCAGCAUUUGAUCGCGACUGGUCAAAGUGGGGAGGUCACUCGAGCUAAUGUGGAAGAUGUGCGCCAGCGACUACGGAUGCUGGCUCAUCGGAAACGAGUGCAAGCGGAGGAGGAGCGACGGGCUUGGCAGCUAGACUUGGGUGAGAGAUUGAAGGAGAGAGAAGAGCAGGAUGCCAAGGAAAGAGAGGAAAAACGGAGAAAGAGGAAUGAGAAGCGACGCAGGGGUGGCGGCGAUGGCAUCAAGCAGGAGGAUGAGAGUUGGGAGGGCCGGCUUGGAAUCAUCGCAUGAUGGGGACAAGGGUUUCGAUGGAUGGUUCAUAUGGCUACGGAGUAAAGCUGCAGUAUACCCAUGGCGUUUGGUGCUUCGGAUUGAUGUCUGACCGGAUUACUUCUACUAGUCAAGCGAUUGUAAAAUUUCAUGGAAAUUGAUAAAGGGGCCCUACACAUCGCCCGUUUCAUUAAGUUCCUACGGGCACCCUCGCCGCCCGCCUAAGUAGGAACGAAAGUGCCGGCAAUACAGCCAGCUUGCGCACCCUUGACAGGUCAGACCAUGUAUUAAUAGCCUUUAUCUAGUUUUUGCCUUGAGGUAGUGUUGAUU